CUUUUAUUAAUCUGUGUGACGUGUAAAUUUUUUUAACAUUAUUAAAGAAAAAUUCUACCAAUUUCAUUAUAAAAUAAUAAAAUAUUUCGAAAAUUAUUGCUUGUAUUUAAGUAAAAACAAUCAAUUACAAUAAUGGGUUCAUUCCGUCGUGAAAAAGAAGAUGAAGAAGAGGGUCCUAGUAAUAUCUAUCAAAAUUUGGAGAAAACUUCGGUUUUACAAGAGACACGAGCCUUCAAUGACACUCCCGUCAAUCCCCGGAAAUGUAUACAUAUUUUGACCAAAAUCUUAUAUUUGAUCAAUCAAGGCGAGCAGUUGGGCACACGAGAGGCCACUGACUGCUUCUUUGCCAUGACCAAAUUGUUCCAGUCGAAGGAUGUAGUUUUGCGUCGUAUGGUUUAUUUGGGCAUUAAAGAAUUGUCCUCUAUUGCCGAAGAUGUUAUCAUUGUUACCAGCUCUUUGACUAAAGAUAUGACUGGUAAAGAAGAUUUAUAUAGAGCCGCUGCUAUACGUGCCCUAUGCAGUAUUACUGACAACACAAUGCUUCAAGCAGUGGAGCGUUAUAUGAAACAGUGUAUUGUGGAUAAAAAUGCUGCCGUAUCUUGUGCUGCUUUGGUAAGCUCAUUGAGAUUGGCUGGUACAGCUGGUGAUGUUGUAAAACGUUGGGCCAAUGAGGCCCAGGAGGCUUUGAACAGUGAUAACAUUAUGGUUCAAUAUCAUGCUUUGGGUCUUUUGUAUCAUAUUCGUAAAUCUGAUCGUUUGGCUGUUACCAAAUUGGUAAACAAAUUAACUCGCAAUUCCAUGAAAAGUCCUUAUGCUGUUUGCAUGUUGAUUCGCAUUGCUUGCCGACUAAUUGAGGAAGAAGAUAUUUCGGCCGAUGAAAUGUCUGAAUCUCCCAUGUUCACUUUUAUUGAAUCCUGUUUGCGUCACAAAAGUGAAAUGGUCAUUUAUGAAGCCGCUCAUGCUAUCGUUAAUUUGAAGAAUACCAAUGCUCGUGUUUUAUCACCAGCUUUCUCUAUUCUCCAACUAUUCUGUAGCUCUCCUAAGGCUACUUUACGUUUUGCCGCUGUACGUACUCUUAACAAGGUCGCCAUGACUCAUCCAGCUGCUGUUACCACUUGUAAUUUAGAUUUAGAGGGUCUUAUUGCUGACUCUAAUCGUUCUGUGGCAACACUUGCCAUUACCACUUUAUUAAAAACUGGUGCAGAAUCUUCGGUGGAACGUUUGAUGAAGCAGAUUUCUUCAUUUGUAGCCGAAAUCUCUGAUGAGUUCAAAGUGGUCGUAGUGCAAGCUAUUUGCUCUUUAUGCACAAAAUAUCCACGUAAACACAGUGUUUUGAUGAAUUUCCUUAGUGGCAUGUUGCGUGAGGAAGGUGGUUUGGAAUAUAAAACAUCUAUUGUUGAUACCAUUAUCACUAUUAUUGAAGAAAAUGCUGAAGCUAAAGAAUCUGGUCUCUCACACUUGUGCGAGUUUAUUGAGGAUUGUGAACACGUGUCAUUGGCCGUACGUAUUUUGCAUCUUCUAGGCAAAGAGGGUCCUUUUGCCGUACAACCAUCUAAAUACAUAAGAUUUAUCUACAAUCGUGUUAUUUUGGAAAGUCCAAUAGUAAGAGCUGCUGCUGUUACCGCUUUGGCACAAUUUGGAGCUUCUUGUCCAGCACUUUUGGGCAAUAUACUUGUUCUCUUAGGUCGCUGCCAAAUGGAUCCUGAUGAUGAAGUACGAGAUCGUGCCACUUACUAUUUGCAUCUCUUGCAAACAGAAAAACCAGAAUUAUAUAAACAUUAUAUUAUUGAGCGUGAAACAUGCUCAUUGGCUCUGUUGGAAAAAGCUCUAGUUGAGCAUUUAAGUGGCGAUUGUAAUUCUAGCUUUGAUUUAUCGAUUGUACCCAAAGCCACGGUUGUUAAGGAAGAAGUCAAGGAUGAAGCUAUGCUUAUUUCUAAUGCUCCUCGUGCUCCUAAAAUUACCAGAGAAGAAGAAAGUGCCGCCAGAUUGGCUCAAUUGCCUGGUAUCCAAGCUUUGGGUCCAAUUCAUCGCACUACACCUGCUAUUCAACUUACGGAAAGUGAAACGGAAUACACUGUAUCCUGUAUUAAACAUAUUUUCUCAAAUCAUGUUGUAUUUCAGUUCGAUUGUCUUAACACUUUAUCGGAUCAAAUUUUGGAAAAUGUACGCGUAGAAUUGACUAUACCCGAUGGUUUUAUAACACGUGCGGUUAUACCUUGUCCAAAAUUGCCAUAUAAUGAAUUACAAACCACCUUUGUUAUUGUUGAAUUUCCACAAGAUGUCGGCAGUUCAGCAGCUACAUUUGGAGCCACUUUACGUUUUGUGGUUAAGGAUUGUGAUCCUAAUACUGGUGAACCAGAUUCCGAAGAAGGCUAUGAUGACGAAUAUAUGUUAGAAGAUUUAGAAAUAACGGUAGCUGAUCAAAUACAAAAGAAUAAAAAGAGCAAUUUCCAAGCUGUAUGGGAUGCAGCCGAUACCGAAGAAUGGGUUGAAGCAGAAGAUACCUAUUCCCUAUCGGCUGUUAAUACUUUACAAGAAGCAGUAAAUACAAUUAUAAAGUUCUUAGGUCUAGCACCCGCUAAUCUAUCAGAAAAAGUUCCCGAAGGUGUGGCCACUCAUACAUUACUAUGUUCAGGCACAUUUAGAGGCGGAGCGGAAAUUUUGGUACGUUCAAAAUUAGCCCUAGCUGAUGGUGUUACCAUGCAGUUAACUGUACGUACCACAGAUCCAGAUGUGGCAGAAUUAGUAACAGCAGCCAUUGGAUAGAAUCAAAUUGACCUUUUUGCAGAAACUUCAAUAGCUACGAAGUUUUCCAAUUAAUUCUAAUAACAAUUGAAUACACACAAUAUAAUUUACAUAAAACUCUU